CACCUUCAUUGCCGUCAAAUGUAUUGAGCAAAAGAGCGCAAUCCCAAGAAAAAAUUGUGCACUAGGCCUACCUCACUUUAAACGUAUUAGAAUGUCAACGACAGAUCUCAACAAACUUGACACUCUUUUUUGAUGAUAAACGUUUAAAACGUGUGCUGGUUGUCUUAUGUGUUUGUGGGCCUAUUUGUAAUAGUGAAGGUCUUCAUAUGUCGAUUGGAACAUCAUUCGCGAAUGUCACUUUCACACCCCUGUUCACUAUAGCAUAGGUCACUGACUAGUGUCACCAACCGCAAGACUCCAAAAGACCUGCAGACCGGUGGCGAUUUUUAUUUAUUGUAAAAAUGAACCUUAUUGGGAGCUACCAGCAUCAUCAUCUGAUGCACGAGACGUUUCCAUUCGUCCAGAGGUGUCAUCAAGAUUAUCCCUACUUCCAAAACUGGGUGGUGAACCAUGGCGAAGUCAACUCUGACUUCCAGAUCCAGAUGCCUUACUCAACGGAGUUCGGGGCCCUGGGUCCGGCGCAAGAAAGCCAGCUGGACGCUCUCUCCGCGUGCAUGGGGAAGAGGAGAGCAUCAGGGCCGAAGAAGGAGCGGAGAAGGACGGAGAGCAUCAACACCGCGUUCACCGAACUGAGAGAAUGUAUACCAAAUGUACCGGUAGAUACGAAACUGUCCAAAAUUAAAACGUUACGACUAGCAACAAGUUACAUUUCCUACCUAAUGGACGUGCUGGCUAAAGACACUGGGGAGACGGAGGGAUUCAAGGCCGAAAUCAAGAAAUAUGAUAGAGAUUUGAAACGGAAACGGGAAACGAACGAUGGCCUGCAAGAGUCAUUAGGAAACGAGAAAAAGUUCAAAGGACGGACAGGUUGGCCUCAGCAAGUCUGGGCUUUGGAACUGAAUCAGUGAAUGUUUUGACCUCUGAACAUGCAACCCACUCAAAGACUCCGUAUUCAAGCACGUCGCUGCAAGGAAUACAACCACUUGUUCUCAUCUACUGUAUAUACGUGCAAGGUUUAAAUUCAAACAAGGUGGACUUGGUAAAAUGCAAUAUUAUGCAAAUAUUUCAACGACUGCCUAUUAAACGUUUCUUUGUCA